UUUUGAUCUGCGAAAAAACCCAAACACACGUGUGUCCCGACCAAGCUAAAGUUAUCUAGCUAUCUAGUGACUGAACCGUCAACAAUGGGGAAGAGAAAACAGAAGAAUCAGAUCUUUAAUAAUUUAUCAAAAAAGCAGAAGAAACAUCUGAAAGAAUUUGGGGAGGAGCAUCCAUUCCAUGAUAUAGUCACAGAAAAGGCAGAGAAAACACAAAUAUUGGAUCUGCCAGACAGCCCAGUACAGUCCUGUGCUGAAAGUGACGAGGACGACGAACCAGAGCACAAGUCAGCAUACCAGAAGUUGUUGUCUACUCUCAGCAGCCCUGCAGACCACGAAAGCGAAGAUGAGAGUGUAGAUGAUGAUGAUGAGGAAGAGGGAGAAGAGCAUCUCAGUGAAGAAGGAAGUGAUGGAGAUGAUGAGGAAUGUCAAGAAGCAGGAAAUAAUUUGACUGUGACACCAGAAGAGGCAGAUGAGGGGAAAGCAGGACCAAAUGAAGGGGGUGAGGAUGCUAUGGAGGAUGAAACAGCAGGAGGAGUGGAGUUUGAGGACAAGGAACAUGAGUCUCAGUUCUGUCUGGAGAACAACUUCUCUGGAGAAGGAGAACAGGAGGGUGCAGAGAGCACUGGUAAACAAGAGGAAGAGGAAGACUCCUUUAAGCUGCACCUUGACACAGAGAUUAGUGAGGAGGACGUAAAACGGAUCACUGCUCGCACUAAGGCCAAGGCUCAGGUCAAGUGGCCAAGCCUGGGCACCCUCCUCUGCUCCUCCCCUCUGGAGAAGUUUGGUCCCGCCGGCCAGGAGAAAGACAAAAGGCCUCUGGCGCUCCACAAAGUCCUGGAAACUAACUGGACGUCUCUGAACCAGACCUCCAACUCUAAGGGAGCCGUGGAGGAGGUCAGUCCACUGCAGCUGGAGCUGCUGUCUCUAAUGGGUUCCUACAGGGACGUGUACUUCCCAGAGAGCUCACCACUCACCGAGGGUUGGCAGGUCCGCAGUGCCUACUGCCUCCACGCACUCAACCACGUGCUGAAGGCCAACUCUGGCGUUCUGGGUCAUAAUGCCCAGAUGAGGGAGAACCAAGCCGCAGACAAGGCCGGAGGGAACAAGGCCGGAGUUGAGCCACAGGAUGAGCCCCGGGACCAAGGCCUGACCCGACCCAAGGUUCUGAUCCUGGUGCCGUUCCGAGAUGGAGCGCUGCGGGUGGUCCAGACCCUCAUCAACCUCCUGGAGACCAAGGGCAGGAAGAUGGAUGUCAGCAACAAGAAGAGGUUCAAGGACGAAUUUGGAGAGGAACCAGUGAACACGCCACCCAACCUCUUCAGACCAGACGACUACACCGCCAUUUUCUCUGGCAAUAUCGACGAUCACUUCAGGAUAGGAGUUUCCAUCUUGAGGAGAAGCAUUCGGCUCUAUGCACCCUUCUACUCCUCUGACAUCAUCAUAGCGUCUCCGCUGGGCCUGCGUACAGUGCUGGGGGUGGAGGGCGAGACCAAGCGGGACUACGACUUCUUGUCCUCCAUCGAGAUACUGGUAGUGGACCAGGCCGACGUCUUCCUCAUGCAGAACUGGGAGCACCUACUGCAUGUGAUGAAGCAUCUGAACCUGCAGCCCUUGGACCCCCAUGGGGUGGACUUCUCCAGGGUGCGCAUGUGGAACCUGAACAACUGGGCCAAGUACUAUCGCCAGACACUGAUGUUCAGCUCUAUCCAGGACCCACAGAUCAACAACAUCAUCUCUAAGCACUGCUUCAACUACCGCGGCCAGGUUGCCACCAAGAAUAUGCCUAUAACAGGCUCUAUCUGCCAGGUUCUGGUUCAGCUCCCUCAUGUCUUCCAGAUAAUCAACUCUAACAGCUUCAUGGACCAGGAUGCAAGGUUCCAAUUCUUUGUGGACAAGGUCCUGCCCCAGUACAGGGACUCAGUCAUGUCCCACACGCUCAUCUAUGUUCCCUCAUACUUCGACUACGUCCGACUGCGCAACUACAUGAAGAAGGAGGAGAUCAACUUUGCCAGCAUAUGCGAGUACUCGACCAAGUCAGAGGUGUCCCGUGCCAGGCACUUUUUCCAGAAGGGAGAUAAACAGUUUAUUCUCUUCACCGAACGCUUCCACUUCUAUAAGAGAUACACCAUCAAGGGAAUCCAGAACCUGAUCUUCUAUGGGCUACCCUCAUACCCUCACUUCUACAGUGAGGUGUGCAACAUGCUGCAGGCAGGGGGCCAAGGAGAGGAGGCUAGCUGGACUUGCACAGCCCUCUACUCACGCUAUGACGCCCAGCGCCUCGCUGCCAUCACUGGGGCCCAAAGGGCCGCUCAGAUGCUGCAGUCCCAGAAGCCCGCACACCUGUUUGUCACGGGCGAGGAGAAGGGCCCUAUGGGCCCCUAACACACAGAUGGAAAGUGACUGAUAUCUGUAGGUAGGAAGAGGGAACUUCCUUUCAACAGCCACUUUGGUUUUACGACACAGGUCAUCAAUGAUGCUGAUCAUGAAAAUGUAUUGACUUUAGUCAGACAUGCUUUUUUUUUUACCCUGUUUUCUCCCCAAUUCCGUGGUAUCCAAUUAUUUAGUAGCUACUAUCUUGUCUCAUCGCUACAACUCCCGUACGGGCUCGGGAGAGACGAAGGUUGAAAGUCAUGCGUCCUCCGAUACACAACCCAACCAAGCGAGCAUCCAACCCGGAAGCCAGCCAUGCACCUGGCAACCUUGGUUAGCGCGCAUUGCGCCCGGCCCGCCACAGGAGUCGCUGGUGCGGGAUGAGACAAGGAUAUCCCUACCGGCCAACCCCUCCCUGACGACACUAGGCCAAUUGUGCGUCGCCCCACGGACCUCCCGGUCGCAGCCGGUUACGACAGAGCCCUUAACCACUGCGCCACCCCGAACAGUGAUUUUUAUGAAUACACCCAAAGUUUCAAGUAUCACUGGUAUUAAAGCGUUGUUACUUGAGA